AUAAUUGUUGUCGUACGGAAACCAAUCCCUCGCUUUCCUCCCAUUCGCCGCCUCCUCCGCCUUUUUUUCUCCGCCAGGUGGGGAUACCGAGGCUGAGGCUCUUCCUCCUCCUCCACCGGUUGAUGGACUGCAACUCCCACCUUCUACCUUUGAACCACCACCACAGCAACCGCCUCAGCCAUCAGGUGUCAAUUGGUUUGUUGACUGUAUUCAUAUUGUAUUAUGCAAAUUAGGAAUGCAUUAUUAGCCUGGAAGAAACGUUUAAUCUUAGUGGAGAAGCAUCGUGGGUGACAAAACAUGAUUUUUGCGAAAAGCUUAAGGCAUAACAGAAUAUCAAUUGGCCCAUUCAACUCAUUUUUACAAAUGAGAUGGAAAAAACAAGUUGAUUCUGCUCAGACUCGAUUAGAAACCAGAACAAGGGAUUUAAAAGUGGACAAGCUCAUGGCACACAUCCACAAAGUCAAAACCAUCCUCAAUAUUCACCACCUUAUGUCGCAGCGAAAGCGUGGUCCCUUUGUCUCUGUACAGCUGAUGUCACGGUGGACAAAUAUUGUGGGUCUGAAUGUGGGCAUGGGUGCAUCUGUUCACAAAUACCCACAUGUGUUUGAGGUAUUUAUGCAUCCGCUUAGGAGGAACUUGUGCUGCAGAAUAACUCAAAGAGUGAAGGAUUUGAUUGAUGAGGAAAAAAACGUUGUGAAAGAUUGUGAAUCAGAAUUGGUGCAGAGAAUAAAAAAGUUGCUGAUGAUGUCAAAAAAUGGGACACUUCAUGUUCAUGCUUUGAGGCUGAUUAGGAGAGAACUAGGCUUGCCUAAGGACUUUAGAGAUUCUAUUUUAAGAAAAUACUCAAAGGACUUUAGGUUAAUUGAUUUGGAAAUUGUUGAAUUGGUUGACAGAGAUGAGAAUUUGGCAGUGGCUGAAGUAGAAAAAUGGAGAGAAAAGGAGUACAAAGAUAAGUGGUUGAGUGAGUUUGAGACAAGUUAUACGUUUCCCAUUAACUUCCCUACUGGGUUUAAGAUCGAGGGAGGAUACAGGGAGAGAUUGAAGAACUGGCAGAGGCUUCCAUAUUUGAAGCCUUACGAGAAGAAAGAGGCUGUUAGAGUGCGUUCUUGUGGAGGUAUUAAGCGGUAUGAGAAGCGGGCCAUCGGGAUUAUUCAUGAGUUAUUGAGCUUGACAGUAGAGAAGAUGGUUGAGGUAGAAAGGUUGGCUCAUUUUAGGAAGGACUUUGCUAUAGAAGUUAAUGUGCGUGAACUGCUUUUGAAACACCCUGGCAUUUUUUAUAUAUCCACCAAGGGAAGUGCUCAAACUGUUCUCCUUAGAGAAGCCUAUUGCAAAGGGUGUCUGGUAGUACCAAAUCCAAUUUAUGUUGUUCGAAGGAAAAUGUUGGACCUUAUCUUGCUAGGGUGUCGAAAUACUAGAUCAUUGCAAUACCCAGAAGAAAUCAAGGAGGAAAGAAAUGGUUUAGUUUUCAAAACAAGUGGGGGAGGCAGAAGAGAUGGGGACUGGGUUCUCCCAAUUUUAGAUAGUAAUGAUGGAAAAGACCUGGAAAGUCCAGGUGAAAUCAAUCAUUUCGAGCAAGCAUUUGAUGAUUUUGAGAGUGAAAGUAGUCAAAGUGACGUGUUCUUUAAGGAUGACUCUAGUUGAUCAUAAGGCAUUCAACAUUUUGUGACAUUCAGAUUCUUGCUCAUAAAUAGCACAGAUACUAGCUUGAACAGAGAUGAGAGGGUGGUCCAUAAUCUGCUGCUAGAGACAAUUGAUAAACUCACCUCAAGAAAUUGAAAGAGUGGUAACCCUUUUAUUGCUUACAGUUCAUGAUUUUUCUUGUUGAAUGUUGCUGUGGCUCCAUUUGGAAUGGAGGAAAUUUUUUUCCAGAAGAAAUUUUCAUGAGUUUUAGCUGUUUGGUAGGGAGGAAAUACCUUCCUCAUGUAAAAUAUUUUCAGUUACGCCCUUGGAGGGCAUAAGGCAUUUCCUUUCUUGUUUCAGCUUGGUUUUUUCUCACCUUGCUUAUUUUUUUGAGGCAUUUUCUUCUUUCCAUCUCUCUCUCUCCUUCGAUUUCGGAGGGUUCCAUUGCUCUCUCUCCUUUGAUUUGGGUCUCGGCUGUACGCUUCUCUCCCUUUCUCACCUUCAAUCUGUCCUGGGCUUGCAUUUGCUCUGCUUCUUCAACACAAUCAGUAAGAUUUCAUAUCUCUAUUGUUUGGUUUGCUUUACAUAUUCUAUUCUUAUUUAUACAAAAGACUGUGUCUGGCUUACUUUCAUGUUCUGUUUCUGUUUUGGGACUUUCUCUUUUGGUGGAAAAGCACUGAUAGAUCUUAUAGAAACAAGUUAUACUAACUUGAAUUAAUAGGGAUUUUUUGGGGUUUAUUGGCACUGUAGUGCAGUGGGUAAAAUUAUGAAAUUACUUCUGUGUUUGUUUUGGUUAAAGAACCAAUGACAAUCAACAAGUAGAUAACCCUAGUUAUUUUGUUACAGUUAUCUAUUUCCCUGAUGUUUUCUUUUAAAUAAUUUUGCAUAUUAUUGGAGAUUCCCUUAUUGUGAAGUGAAUCAAACAUAUAUGUAGCUGGGUAUAACUGUUAUGCGGAUUGGUUUUAUGUUUGUUUCUGCUUCCAAUAUGGAAACUUGAGGUAUGAUGUCAGUCUUUUCCCUUAUGAUCAUUCUCGUCUGAUUUGGUCUGAGUACCGGUUGCCUGAGUUCCUGUUCAGUUGCUGCUGUGAGGGAGGCAUCUGUUACAUCCAAUCAUUUUGGAUGGUAGAAGUGAGCAGAAGGCAUUCAGAUGUGCUAGAAUUACUUGCUUUAAUCCAGGUUCCUUCUCAGAUGAGAUCACAUUCAUUGCACAUGGUCCUUGCUCUCAAAAAGUUGAGUAUUCAGCCUUGUGAGUUUCAAAAGUUUAUGGCUUCCACAUUCUUAAGCAUGCAGAGAAUUGAACACGGGAAAAAAGAACUGCUACCUUUUUUCGAUGUCCAAUGACAAAAUUGUUAAGAUUUAAAUUAUCAAUGUCAUAGCACUUGCAAAUAACCUGUCAACUGUCUUCUGUUGUAAACUAAUAUCCAUGGUUUUGGUGGAACCAUGUUACAUCUAUUGCCAAAAUAGAAGAAAAUUACAUUGCU